UUCAAGGUGUCUCUAUUUUGAUUAAUUUCUUAAAUAUCUCUGGCCAAUUUGUGGUGUUUUAUCUGCUCUUUUUAGGGCAUUUUUCUGCAUUUUGGGGUGUCCAACCGAUUCAAGGUGUCGCCAUUUCGGGGAAUUUCUGCAAAUUUUGACGAGCUUCUCCCUGGUUCUUUCAGGGUGUCUCUAUUUUGAUUAAUUUCUUAAAUAUUUCUGACCAAUUUGUGGUGUUUUAUCUGGUAUUUUUAGGGCAUUUUUCUGCAUUUUGGGGUGUCCAACCGAUUCAGGGUGUCGCCAUUUCGGGGAAUUUCUGCAAAUUUUGAGGAUUUUCUCCCUGGUUCUUUCAGGAUGUCUGUUUUGAUUAAUUUCUUAAAUAUCUCUGGCCAAUUUGUGGUGUUUUAUCUGCUCUUUUUAGGGCAUUUUUCUGCAUUUUGGGGCGUCUCCACCCUCCCCAUUUGUGCCGUUUAUUCCUAUUUUGCGCCGCUUCACCCCGCACAUUUCAGGGCGUUUUUUUUUGUUGUUUUGGGGCAUUUCUCUGCUUUUUGGGGUGUCUGUCCUGGCUGCCUGUUGGGGUCUGGGGGGGCCCAGCCCGGCCCCCCGCCCCCGCCGUGACUCAGGGCUGUGGUUUCCCGUCUAUAAAUCGGGGGUGGAAGCGCCCGGUGUCGCCCAGAGCCAUGGCGGGAGCCCGGGAGCCGCAGCGCCGCCCCCCCCGCGCCCCCCAGGACCGACCCACGGUGCUGACCCGCGCGGACGGGGGGGUCCCACGGCGCACCCAGGUGCCACCCGAGGGGGGGUCGUGCCCCCCCCUGCUGCACCCCGGGGUGUUGGUGAUGCGAACCCGGCUGCCCCCAGCGCACGGUGCUCCAGGUUUUGAAUGGGGUCCUAAAGACCCCCCCGGCCGCGAUAGAGACCCCUCCCCAGCCCCUGCCAGCAGCGACCCCCCCCCACCGCCCCCCGGCGCUGCGCAGCCCCCCAGGCCCCCCCGCCGUGAGCCGGGGGAGGUGGCUCAGUGCCUGCGGCAGCUGGAGAGGAUCCAGGAGCUGGAGCAGCAGCUGGCCCGGGAGCGGCACCGCCUGGGGCUCUUACAGGCUCAGCUCCUCCGGAGGGGCCCCCCCAGCACGGGCCCCCCCGGGAAGGGCCAGGCCGGGCUCCCCCCGCUUUGGGCUCCUGCAGCCCCUGCUGAGGCUGAGGGGGACCCCGAGGUGAUGCUGCCCCCCCCCUGGGAGCGUGGGGGGCUCUACCCAGAAUUGGAGUAUUACAGGCUGAGCACUGCCCGGCCCCCCUACACCUACGCCACGCUCAUCCGCUGGGCCAUCCUGGAGUCCCCGCAGCGGCAGCGCCCCCUGGCGGAGAUUUAUCACUGGUUCAGCCGCAGGUUCGGCUUCUUCCGGCACAACACCCGCACCUGGAAGAACGCCGUACGUCACAACCUGAGCCUGCACAAAUGCUUCGUGCGGGUCGAGGCCGCGCGCGGCGCCGUCUGGACCGUGGACGAGGCCGAGUUCCGGCGCAAGCGGGGCCAGCGUUACCUCAGGGAUUGUGACCUCAAGUAUUUUAUGCCCCCACGAAGUUGAGAGAGGGGGGAAAACCCCAAAAACGACCCCACACUCCCAUCCCAGGAGGAACAGGACACCCCCAAAUCCUCAAAUCCUCGGACACCCCCAAAUCCUCCCUGCCACGAACAACAGGACACCCCCAAACUGCGGCACCGGUGUUUAUUGAAACAAUAAACUUCAUGUAGAAAUUUC